AUGCGUUUAUUCUCCGGCUUAUACGCUGUGCUUGCCACUGCUUUCGUCGGAAGCAGGGUCUCUGCAGACUCGCUGGCGAGCAUCAGCCAUGUGGUCCUGUUCAUGCAGGAGAAUCGAGCUUUUGAUCACUAUUUUGGCACCAUGGCUGGUGUUCGAGGGUUUUCAGACCCCAAUGUCCAGAUCAACCCCAACGGCAAGUCUGUUUGGUAUCAGAAGUUGAACAAAACCAUUACCACCAAGGCCGACUACUUGCUCCCAUUCUACCUGAAUGAGUUGGGCGGCCACUGGUUGAAUGCGACGCAAUGCAUGGACGCGGGAUCCAACGGCUAUGAGGAGAACCACCUGGCGUAUAAUUUUGGUCUGAACGAUCACUGGGCCCUCAAUAAUACACCGUGGAGUUGGGGAUACUACAAGAAGAGUGAUCUUCCUGUUCAAUUUGCUCUCGCCGAAGGUUGGACGAUUGGUGACAUGUACCAAGAGAGCGUGAUAGCCUCCACCAACCCCAAUCGUGUCACCUGGGUCAGCGGCUCCAUUGCAGUCCCUGGGUCGCCACAGACAGCGGAUGAAGGCGGCGUGUACAUCGACAACAACGAAAUGCCUGGCUGUGAAGCACCCGGAUUGAACUGUUACCCGCUAUCCUGGACCACCACGCCCGAGAUCUACCAGCAAGCCAACGUUACGUGGCAGGUGUAUCAAGACAUUGACAACUUCGAUGACAACCCUCUUGCAUGGUUCCAACAGUACCAGACGGCAAAGAACGGCACUGUCCUCCACAAACGGGGCAUGUCUUUCCUUGGACUUGAUGCCUUCUAUGAACAAGCUGCAAAUGGCACCUUACCGAUGGUUUCGUUUAUCGUUGGCCCCACGGAACUCUCGGAGCAUCCCCCAUACUCUCCUCACGACGGAGCAUGGCUCCAGCAGCAAGUGGUCAACGCCGUCACUCGGGGGAAGAACUGGAACAGUACUGCCUUGAUCAUCAGCUACGACGAGACUGGCGGCUGGGGUGACCAUGUGUCUCCUUACCACGCCCCCAAUGGGACGGCGGGCGAGUGGUUGGACGACCCGUUCGGGCUGUUCGGGCACACAUUCUCCGGGCCAGGGUUCCGUCUUCCCUUUUAUAUCAUCUCGCCCUGGACCCGCGGCGGCAAUGUCUUUACCGAGAAAUGCGACCACAACUCCCAGAUCAUGUUUGUUGAAAAGUGGUUGGCGGCCAAAGGGUUCAACAAUGUGGUUACGGAUCAGAUGCCCGCCUGGCGUCGAGCACACAUGUCGGAUCUGACAGCAGCGUUUGACUUUAGUAGGCCAAACACUUCGAUCCCUACCAUACCCCUCGCAAAGGAACCACACAAGGAUAGCAAGGGCGUCUGGGAUGGCUCAGCCUUUUGUGAGGCACAAUUUGCCGUCCAGCGGCCACCUGUGCCUUACGGCAACCAAAGCGAAGAGACUUCUCUCGUUUCUGAGAAAGGGUUCAAAUCAGUAAGAGGGUAUCUCACCGAGGGCCGCUAUCUCACCUUUGAGUCGUCGGGCUAUGCACUUUCCAACCCCGGUGGCGAGGCCGUAAAGAUCAACGCGACCAAAGCGACGGCUUCACAUUCCUCGAUGGCGCAGCGGUGGGUGAUUCAUGAAACAGCCACAGACAGUCGGAAGUAUACCAUUAGCAGCGCAGUGGAUGGGCGGUACAUGGGGGCGAACUUGGAGCUGGUCAACAAGACCGUGGCGGUGACAUAUGCUAUUCCUUACCUCGGGGGUGGAAAGGGGUACAACCUGGUAAACAGCGAUGGGGAGUUGGUGACAAUUGACGCUACGGGGAAGCUGUCGAUGAGUUCGACUGUAGAGGGAGAGGCACAGGCCUUUUUCAUUUACAGUGUGACAUAG